UCCGCCUCUACCACAGGGGGCGGGGCUUGUGGCCAUCAUAACAUGAAAGAGGAAGUGGCUCGACUGAACCUUGGAUCAUACUAACAUUAUUGAUUUGUAUUUAGCUUUCCUAAUAACUUCCAGGAAAAAUACUAAGGCAAGUACCAUUAAAACUAAGUUUGCAGAGUGACACCAUGGCAACAGAGGGGGAGCCGACAGAUUUGAUCAAAGUGCUACACCUCCUGGUGCUCUCUUUCUCCUGGGGCAUGCAAGUCUGGGUCUCCUUCAUUGCAGGUUUUGCACUGGUAUGGCAGGUAACUUUGCACACAUUUGGCCUGGUGCAGAGUAAACUCUUCCCUGUUUACUUCUACUGUCUGCUGGGUAGCAACUUUGUCAGCCUGGCUGUGUAUGCUGUGUACCACCCCAGAGAGCUGUUGGACUGGCAUGAAAGUGUGCAGAUGGUUCUGUAUUUUGUGGCAUUGAUCAUGGCAGGUCUGAACGCCCAGUGGUUUGGCCCAGCGGCCACAGAGGUAAUGUUCCAGAUGAGGGAGGUGGAGAAGGAGCAUGGCCUGGGGAACCAGAUCGGCCUGGGCAGCCAGAAAGAAGCGUACGCCAAGCUCAAAGAACAAGACCCCAAGUACAGAGCCUACAAAAGCACAUUUGGAUGUUACCAUGGGUUGUCCAACCUCUGCAACCUGAUAGGAUUCAUCUGCACCACAGUUAAUUUGAUCUACACAGCUCUGCAUUUAUCUACCAUAUAGUGAAAAAUAGCUGUCAGGCUUCAAUUUUUGAAAAACAUCUCACCACGUUUUUCUGCAGUCAUCACAGUAUUUCAUAUGAUCUGGAAAAAAUAAUCCUUGAGGAGUCAGGAAGGACAGUAUGAACCUGAUUUAAACAUGCCCACAAAUAAACUUGUAAGUGACAUCAUGUGAACUUAUACACAAUUUUGGAUCAGUGUAAGAACCACUGGAGGAACUGCAGCUAUCACAAGUGCCCGUUAUGAGUGAGGAGGCCUUUGAUGCGUCUGAGCUUCCAAAAAACUCAGUACUGCUGUUCACUUUUAUCUGUCAGUUAAGCAUCCCAUCAAACAGUAUCUAAUUAAUACAAAAUAGGAUGUAUUUUUUUUUGUAUGUGCGUUUGAUAGUUGACAUUAUUACACAUGAUAUUACCCCCUGCUAACAACUCAUGUCUUAUAAAAACGCCGGAGAAUUGAACCAGCAAACGUCAAGUGCUGUGUGGCCAAUUUUCUUGCAUCCCCAGCAGGGGGCGAUGUUUGGACACAGGCAUAUUCAGGGAAAGUUAGCAGAUCUAUUGUUAGGCAUAACAUACUAAAUUUCCUUUGUUAAAUGCUGUGUCUCCAAAUAUUAUAAUGGAAUGAUGGAAUUGUAUUUUGAUUUUGACAACAGUGUUGAAUAACACUAUGAGUGUGAGAUUAAACAAUGUGCUAUUUUACUCUGA